AUUGAGAUUAUAUUGUCAACAUUAGCUUAGCUAGGUUUUUUUAAACAAUUACUAUUCUAGUGUAUAAUGUACAUACUCAUAUUCAGGUCUAAGUCUAGAAAUAUUGUCUGUACAUUUUUAUGACAUUGUUUUCGUUUGUUUCUAAACUCCGUUACCCACUAGUCAGCAGCAGGCGAUGUGAGUCUUUCAGGUGGCGCUUCUUGGGUGACGUAUAAUCUAGUGGACGGGACACAUCUUCAACAACAACAACAACAAGGCUACCGAUUCAACCCCUUCGGCAGCUUGCUAGCCAACAUAAAACCGAAACAUUGAUGUUCUUUUUAAACACAAUCUUGUUAACGUAUAUACCAGUUAACUUAAAAGUAAUUUGCUUGUUCAAUUUGUUGAAAUUGUUACUCAGCCUAGCACUAAGCUAGUCGCUAAUGCUAACUAGCUAACAUCCCCGACCAUGAGCUCACUAAACUACUCCUCCCCUGCUAAAGAAGAUGAUGUCUGCUGGGCGGAGAGAGAAGCUCUGGGCCUGAACAUUGUCGUGAAAGAGGAGGAUAUUACAGUAAAAGGAGAGGAAGAAGCUUCCAGAACGAUAAAGGAGGAAUAUCAUGUUACAUUUGGAGUGGAAGAGGGGAUAGAGGCCGUCACAGUGGAAGAGGAGGAGGUAGAAGAUUUCAGAAUAAAAAAGGAAGAGGAGGAGGAUGUUGUAGUGAAAGAAGAGGAAGAACCUUCUAGCGUGGAAGAGGAGGCUAUCUCAAUAAAAGAGGAGGAGGAAGACGUUUUGGGAGUGAAAGAGGAGGAGACUGAAAAAAAUCUGAUUAACACCAGAGAGAGACCACACUGUCAAUCUGACAGCAGGAAGAGUACUUCAGGGGAACAAGACCUAGAGACGCCCAAACCAGUGAGACCACACCAGUGUCCCCACUGUGUAAAGAGUUUUAAGUGGUUAUGUUACCUAAAAGAACAUGAAAGAAUACACACAGGAGAAAAGCCUUUCCAAUGUUCCCAGUGUGAUAAAAUGUUUUACCCAAUUAGGGAGCCUGAAAAUACAUGA